ACGAGAUGGUAAGCGCUAUCGAGCGUUCGCUGAGCGUGUUAUUCUUACUCUGUUUCUCGCUGUCGCUGAGCAUCGCACGAGAAACAGCAAUUUCUCAAGAUGUUCAAAUCACUGAAGUUCCGGAUGCAAAAAAGCAUGAGCUGCAAUUAAUUAAAAGCGAUUUGGUCCCCGCGGCAACUAAACGUCAUGGUCAUCACGGACAUCAUUCCGAAUCCGGCGGUGGUCACAAGCAUCACGAGGGACACCACGAGGAACACGGGGAGAAAGGUGAGAAAGGCUACAAGACGAAGCAUCAUCAUGACAAAGGUCAUCACGGUAAUCAUGGAAAAAAACACCAUUCCGGGCAUCACGAGGAGCACGGUGGUCACAAAAAAAAACAUCAUGACGAGGCCGAAAAAUAUGGCGAACAUCACGAAGGUGAGAAGGGCCAUAAAGCUGGUAAAUUCGGAGAGAAAAAGGGACACAAAAAGGGCCACAAAACCAAAGGUUAUCACAAUAAAUUCCACAAAGACGAGUACCACAAGGAACACAAAUUCUACGAUGACUAUCACAAGGGUGGGCACCACAGCAAACAUGGCGAUUUCCAUGGUCACCACGAGAAGAAAGAAGGUGGUCACAAAAAAGGUGGCCAUCAUCAUUCCGGCCACCACGAAGAUCAUCACGGCAAAAAGGGCCAUAAAUCCAAGGGACAUCAUGACGAAGACCACAAAGGUCACCACGGGAAACACGGCCACGAAGCUCAUCAUUCCCACCAUGACGCAUACGGCAAAAAGGGCGAACACAAGGAUGCCAAGAAAUACGGUUUCAGCAAAGGUCACAAAGGUUGAUCUCGAAACAUUGUUCCCUUGGAAUAUCUUUCAUUGUUUAACAGUUACUUUCAGUUUCCCUCUUGUACAUACCUUCAUGUUAUUCGUAACCAAUGCAUUUAGAUUUUAAGGGACACAAGACUUGUUACAUUGACGAAAAUAUACUU